AAAAUUCUAAGUCGAAUUUAUUGUUGAAAGUAAAUCAACAACACAGAAUAAAGAAAAUAUAUCAAAAUAUUAACAGAUACGUUAAAUAUUUUAAAAGUAUUGGAAGUAUUCUCCUCGUGAUAUAAUGGCACAUAAAGUUUAUAUUCCCGCUCGUUACGUAUUGGUAUUUUCUAUAUUUUUGAUAUACACAAUAAUGCACUGCCAAAGAUCUGUGCUGAAUGUCGCUAUUAUAGCCAUGGUUAAUCAUUCAGCCAUAUCCAGCAUGUAUAAUACAACAUCUUCAAAGGAAUGCCCAGCAAAGUCUCAGCAAAAUUCUACAUCUACUUACAAAGAGGGUUCUUAUGUAUGGACACAACCCACUCAAGGAAUAAUUCUGGGAGGUGAAUAUUACGGUUUCGUAAUAGCCGAACUCGUUGGAGGGACCAUUACUUUUUUAUUCGGUCCAAAGAAAACGUUCAUAAUAUCUUCAUUUCUCUCUUCAAUAUUCUGCAUUUUAACACCCUUUUGUGCAGAUGUCGGUGUUUCAGUUAUAUCUUUAUGUCAAGCUAUCUUCGGAUUUGGACAGGGUCUUGUAUUUUACGGAUCUCUUACACUGUUAGGAAGAUGGAGUCCAGAAAACGAAAAGUCCACAUUAUCAUCAGUUUCAUUUUCUGGUAUGCAACUCGGUACGUUUGUUGGUUUAAUUACGACAGGAUAUGUCUGUCAACACAUAGGAUGGCCUUUUAGCUUCUACACAUUUGGUGUAUGUGGGAUUGUCUUUUCUUUAUGUGUUACGUUCACAGUUUAUGACAGACCUCAAGAACAUCCCAGAAUAUCUGACAAAGAAUUGACGUUUCUUAACGAAUGCGUAACAAACAUCACCUCAACAGAAACGAAGUUGAAUAUUCCCUGGAAACAAAUUUUAACAUCCAGAAUAGUAUGGAUACUUGCUAUGACGAAAAUAUGUCUUGGUUUCGGUUAUUUUACAAUAUUGACUAAGAUUCCAUCAUAUUUAGAGAUUAUUCUUCACUUUCCUAUCCAGCAGAAUGGAAUUGUGAGUGCGUUAGUUUAUUCCGUGGAUUGUAUAGCGAUAUUUAUUUCUGGUUUCAUUGCUGAUUUCAUAAAAUCUCGUAAAUAUUUAAGUAUAACUAAUAUCAGAAAACUUUGCGAAAUAAUUGCUACGUGUGGUCCGGCAUUAUGCAUCUUAGCGAUUUCAUUUCUGGGAUGCGAGAAAACAAAUAUAAUUAUUUGUUUAAUGAUUGGAAUGGGAUGUUUCGGCUUUUAUAUUUCAGGAGAUGUUGCAAUAGUGCUUGAUUUAGCUCCAGAAUUUGCAGGUGUCAUUUUCGGAUUGACUGAUAGUUUAUAUAACGCUGCAGGUAUAUUUUCACCCUAUGUUGCUGGAGUUAUAUUAGAUAAAAACGAAGGAGACAUGAUUCAAUGGAGCUACGUGUUUUAUAUGAUCUCUUCGGCUUACAUUCUGGGUGGUGUAAUUUUUAUAUUUGGAGCUACUGCAAAAGUUCAACCGUGGGCUACCAUUAAUACAGACAACAAGAAACAAGACAACAAUUAAUCAUAAAUAUAAAUCGAAUUUUAUUUGGAACGAUAAAAAUUCUGCUUAUAGAAUAAUUAGAAGCCAAGACAUGUAAAAUUGGUUAUGGUUGAUAUAGUAGCACAAUUCCUGUCAUUGUCCUGCUUUUAAUUUUUGAUAGUGGAAAAAUAUGCGAUUAGUUUGAUUGCAGAAGACAAUAAGAGACAGAUAUUGUGAUAAUUGAUCACGUUUGUAUAAAUCAUUUUAACAACAAUUUAUCAUGUGAGAAUACGGACGAGGGUCCAGGCCCUCUAAUCGUCGGAUCUGGAGGAUCCACUCACUUUGUCACUGGAUGGCUUAGUCUAACAGAAUUCGAGCGGUAAAAUUCGUUGUGGGGUUGUGCAAUUUGGUAUAGGCAAUAACAGAGGAGUCCAUAAAUAAACUCAACAAAACAAUUAUUUAAUAUAACAAAAUAAAGAAUCAUACAAGGAGGAAUAUAUUCUAGGGCCCUAAGUUCCCUACGUUGCGAGAGAGAGUAUACAAUAAGUCAUAUUACCUCGUUGUUCAUUCUGAAGGAGCUGGUUUGCUGUAGUGAGGUUAGGCUAGACUUUACUGUUGGAUGGCUAGCAGAUGAGUAGCAGGAGGGUCAACUUCUUUGUAGGAGGGUAGAAGCUGCAGGAGUGACAGGAGGAGUCCUAUGUAUCACAAUCUGCUAUGUCGUAUGGUAUAUUCUAUCUGGGAUGCCUUGAGUGUCUGGAAACUUGCCCUUUUAUCUAAAAUUUUUCCCUAAUCAUUAU